UUAAGGCGAGGGUGGUGCGAAGGGGGCCUUAGUGCAUUUAGGACAUAAAAUGUUGCACCAACUUUAUUUUUUUUAGGCAGUGCAUAACUGGUUUUUUUUCUUCAAUUUCCAAAGUACUAUGAAUCACAAGUGUUAAUUAAAAUAUACAUGUAAGUACACACAUAGAUUUUUUUAAAUUGUGCAUUUCAAUUUUCUAGAAUUUAAACUAAAAUAAAAAAAAGCACCACAAUAUUGUAAACAAAAUGUAUGAUCGUGCACCAAGGGUUUUGACCCAACCAACAACAGGAACAUCUUCUGAAGUUGGCCCUGGAAGCUAUGCACCUGAUUGCAAUGGUUUCAAUGCAAAGAAAAAGUCUGAUGGGUAUGCACCAUUUUUAUCUAUGGCAAUGCGAGAUUCCUUCCUUACUGUGAAAGAUAAUGUUGCUCUUGCACCAGGACCUGGAGUUUAUGAUCCAAAAAUCUACGAUCACAUCAAGGGAGCAUCAACACUUGCGAAUCGAUCACAUAGAUUUCAAGAAAAGCAUGACGAGACACCUGGACCAGGGGCAUACAAUUUAUCCAAACAAUCUGACUGGUUUAAAAACAAACAUCACAUGUCACAGUUUGUGUUUGAACCUAAACCUACUUAUAACAUAUCUUACCAACGUAAGUCUGCUCCUCCAUCUAUCCCAUCACCAGGACAAGCUUAUGGUUAUGAAGAAGAAGCAGAUGGUACUCUGCAAAAGCAGGCAGUUCCCUUUCAAGAUAAAACUCUGGGUCCUGCGUACUACAAAAUUAAUGAUGAAGAAACUGCAGCUGUUAAAAGGUAUCGUGGUAUUCACUUUGGGAAAAUGACCGCCAUCAGAGAUCUUUAUGUAAAAGCUGAAGAUACCCCUGGUCCAGGAGCAUAUAAUCCUUAUGAAGCGAAAUCUAAAGCUACCAUUGAUUAUAUAGUGGAAGAACAAAAAAAGAAAAGUGUGGAAGCAAAACUUCCUAGGUACCAUGAGAUUGUGACUAUAUUUGAGAACAAAAAGGCUGUGCCUGGACCUGGUCAUUACGAAAUUAAAAGUCAAUUUGAUCAGAAAUCAAUUUGUAGUGACGCAACCAUUAGGCCAUCAUUUGGUUCACAAGCAAAGAGGUUUCGUGAAUCUACUGAGCAGUCUCCUGCACCUGGAUCUUAUAACGAUCCUCGACACGCUCUUGACAAAUGCAAUCGAAUAUCAGGGUUAAAGAAAAGUCCAUUUGGUCAAACUGCCACUCGUUUUGCUAAAGAUCAUCACGUAACACGAACACCUGGUCCUGGUUCAUACAACUACAAUGAUUUAGCAACUGAUUUGCAAAGAAAGGCUUUGUUGUCGACUACAAGAAAAGGUGGUUUCGGGUCAACAUCUUGUCGUGCUGCACCAUUAAGCAGAAAAGAUGAGGAAUACCUACCAGGUCCAUCACAUUACGUUGUCAAGUCAGCACCUACGACUGUAUCGAGGAAGAAGCAUGCUGUAUUUGAAUCAACUACUGAUCGUCUAAGAUCGCCUACAAAAGAUAUUGCGCCACCUCCUGGAUCAUACGAAGUAGCAAGAUCGUACGAUAAAACACAAGGCAAAGUUUUGUUUGGAGGAAAAGCAUCCAAAUUUCACGGAAAGAAACUAAACGGUGGAUUUUUAUCAUCUACGAAAAGAUUUUCGCAAAUACGGAAUAUUAUUGGAAGGGACACCGACCCUGACAAUCCAGGUCCAGGCAAUUACAAUGUAAAAAACCCGGUUGUUCCGGGUUGUAAUCUGGUUACAAAACAACAAAGGUUUAAAGAUAUCAAAAGCGAUGUACCUGGGCCUGGAACUUAUCAGUUGAGUCCUUUACUACAACAUUCUGUAUUGAAGAGCACUUUUAAUACGACGUUAAACAAUCCAGUCGCACGAGCUUUGGAAAAUAUGUCGGAGAAAAAAGUCACAAUCGUUCCUUUUUCAGUAACUGCAUAAAUAAAUUAAAGAUUUGUUUUGUAUUGUAAAAAAAUGAAUAAUUUUUAUAUUGUAUAUAUAUGUAUAUAUUUACUGACAAAAUAUAUUUGCGUUUUUAAUUUUUCUCUCAAAAGUUAUGUUCUUGUUCCAGAUGGGAUCUUAAUUAUACCCUCCCUCACAUAGAAGGAGGUCCUCGCUGAUUACGACAACAUG